AUGCUGAAAAGACUCCUACGGGCCGUACCGCCAGGUCGGUGUCGGUCUGCCGCAUGUUCAAGUUUGGGAGCGUAUUUUCGAGUGCCACUGGGAUUGCCUGGCACGAUUGUAUCGAUACGGCCACAGUCACCACGAAUUCCACAGGCAUGCAUCCAAUUACCACCUGUUAGGACUGCUGCAGCUGCAACCAGGGAUCUAGGCAAUCGAUUCAGGCGCGUCAGAUACUUUUCUUCUCAACGACCCAGCAGACCACAACCAGGCACGGCCACAGUCGACCACACCGAAAGAUUCAAGGACAAGGAACCCGACGAGCACGAUGAAGACGGGGACGAACACGGCCAGGACCCAAGCGAGCCCCCGGCAGCGAUCGCCAUCACGCCUGGCAACGGGUCGUCCGCGACCAACGACAUCAAGAUUUCGUGCAUCUAUUUCUCCAAAGACGAUCCUCAAACAUCGCACGAGACGGAACUCACCAAGACGCAGAUCGCGGAGCAAUUCGAUCUCCGGUACCGCGAUCUGCGGGACAUUGAUUUGCGAUCGGAGGCGGUGACGAGAAUCCUGGUGCGACCGGCCACGAUCCUCGUGCAGUUUUUCGACCUGUGCAUUAUUAUUCAGGCGGACGAGGCGUUGUUGGUGACCGGGAUUUCUAAGGGGUCGAAGAAUGGCAAGAAUGGCGGCAACAACAACAACAACUAUCCCCACGGCAGCACGCGCGGUACAAGUACCAAUAAUGGAUCUGCUCCAUCGAGUAAACCACCAGCCGGCCACGUGGUUCUCGAACAAGACUUCAAAUCCCGCAUGGUCGGACUCAACCAGGACGAAGCGUCCAACGCAUCAGCUUUGCCAUUCGAGUUGCGCGCCGUCGAAGCCGCGCUGGUAGCCGUUCUAUCGACGCUGCGGGAGGAGCUGAUCUCGGCACGCUACGAGGCCGAACACAGCGCGCGAGAGCUGCGACUGGAAUCUGGCCUCGCGUUCGUCGGGCUAGACCUGCUGUUCGAGCGGUCACGGCGGCUCGGGCAGAUUGAGCAAAAGGCCCGACUGGUGCGCGAGACGAUCCGCGAAGUGCUCGAUUCCGACGAGGACCUUGCGGCAAUGUACCUGACCGACACGGCGCGGGGCCACCCGCAUCCGGUCAGCGACCACCAGGAGGCCGAGUACAUGCUGGAAGCGUACCAUAAGGCCGCGGACACACUGGUCGAGUCCGCGGCGGGGGCGAUCGCCGUGAUUCGAAAGAAGGAAAAUACUUUCCGCUCUGCUUUGGCUGUCCAGCGCAAUCAGAUCAUGUUUCUCGAGGCCAGGAUUGCGAUUCAUACUCUUGGUCUGGCUGCGGGCACCUUGGUCGCGGGUCUGUUUGGGAUGAAUCUCAUUAAUUAUGCCGAGGAGAAUCCCCUGGGGUUUCCUGUCGUUACGACGAUUUGUUGUGUCUUGAGUGCUUUGUUUUCCAUCUAUGGCGCCCGCAAGCUGAGAAGGAUUCAAACUCUCAAAGAGAUUCAGGGGUAUAAACAGGGCGAGCGGUGA